AUGCGGAACUUCAGAUACUUCGCGUUCCUUAUUUGUGUCGUGUGGCUGUGUGGCACCAUCCUUUUCAUCUUCCGAUCUCCGAAUGGGGAAGCCAAAAAUGCAACAGCUCUGGAGCCGGUGGAAGACGGAACGCUUUCCGCCUGGUCUUCCAGAAUAUCAGCGAUCCAGUCCCAGUUACACGACAUGAGGGUGGAACGAGACAAUAUUCUCGCUCUUCUGAACGAUUGUUCCCAUUGCAAGAAAGGAAAUCCUUCCUUUGUGGAUAACCAAAUUGUUGAGAAAACUUCAUCGGGUGGAUUUGAUCUUGACACCAUUCCUGGUCCAGCAUUUGAAUCUGCACGACGUGGGGUAGAAGAGCAGAUACGAGAAUUGUGGUGGUUCCUGUCGAAUGAGUUGAAAGCCUUGAAGAGUGAUGUCGGGAAUGCGGCAAAAAAUCGACCCCAAGAUGCAUUGGUACACUCUCUUGAAAACAAUGUUGAAGACUUGCUCAAGCUAUCAACCGAUCGGUUUAGAGUUCUUCAGAGGCACGUGAAGCGACUCAAAGAAGACAGUGAUCAGAAAGGAUGGCGGGAACAAGAAGCGUUGGAGUUGUCUAGCUUGGUUCAGCGUAGGCUGGAUUAUUUGCAGAAUCCCAUGAAUUGUCGAACGGCGAAAAAACUCGUAUGCACUCUGAGUAAAGCGUGCGGUUAUGGCUGUCAGCUGCAUCACCUCGUGUAUUGCCUCAUAAUGGCAUAUUCAUCGCAACGUACUCUCAUUCUUAGAUCUCAAGGAUGGAGAUACUCAAAAAAAGGGUGGGAGUCACUUUUUCUUCCACUAUCUCGUACUUGUAACGAGACGAAUACUCAAAAUAUUGUCCAUUGGCGAGAUUCUGGAAACGAAAAUGAUCAAGAGGUCCUGUUGCCGAUCAUAGAUGCGAUGAAGCCACGAGUGCCUCAGUUGCCACUAUCAGUGCCUGUCGAUCUAUUCGAAUCCUUGAAGAAAUUCCACGGAGAUCCACCAGCUUGGUGGAUUGGGCAAAUGAUAUUUUUUCUCACACGUUAUCAGCCUGAUACGGACAAAUUCAUCACGGAGAAUCAGAUCAAGAUUGGCUUCCACACGGACACGCCAAUAGUCGGAGUCCACAUUCGGCGGACGGACAAAGUUGGCUCCGAAGCAGCUUUCCAUUCCGUGGAUGAGUACAUGGUAGAGGUAGAAGACUGGUUUCAGAACCAUGAUGUCGAACGAUAUCCUCUUGCUGCAGUGCCGCGUCGCGUAUACGUGGCUUCUGAUGAUCCUGAAGUAUUCAAAGUUCUUCAAAGAUCCUAUCCAGCGUACGAAGUAAUCGGCAGCCCCGAUAUCUCGAAAACCGCAGCUUUGAAUACGCGAUAUUCUCAUAGUUCUGUUAUGGGUGUUAUUUUCGACAUUCACAAUCUGGCGAGAACUGAUUUUCUCGUCUGCACCUUUUCUUCUCAGGUGUGCCGUGCGGCUUACGAGGCAAUGCAAUCAGUUAAUGUGGACGCCUCGAAUCGCUUCAAAUCCCUGGACGACAUCUAUUAUUACGGCGGCCAGAAUGGCCAUAAGCGCCGCGCAGUUUUCCCGCACCAUUCAGCAAACGACGGGAAACAUAGCGAGAGUUCUCCGCUAAGAGGGGAAAUAGAUUUUGUUCCCGGCGACCUGAUCGGCAUCGCGGGAAAUCACUGGAACGGGUAUUCCGUUGGUACUAACGAUCGCAGCGGUCACAAGGGUCUCUUUCCUACGUACAAAACGGAGGAGGUGGUUCAGGUCGCUGAUUUCCCCAUCUACCCCGAGGUCCCGCGACGGGACCCUUCGAAAGAGCUUGGCAUCCAGGCGUGAGUCCCGAAUGUGGCGGUGUUUUGCUGGACAGUAUUGAUGUGAUCAAGGAGCAACGUUGACUGGUUCCUAAUUAUUUUCUCUCAUUGUUUCGUGUUUGUUGUCCUCGUGGUUUGUAGACAGUAUUGGCGACUUGUUCUAGAAAUGACGCAAAAUUCACGAACUGAAAAAAAUGUAUUUCAGCGACAAAUUCUUGAUGAUUAACCUCGACCAGAACAGCGUCUUUGAAACCGUACUUGUGAAUUUCAUUCUUUUCAAUUCCAAUUCAUUUUAUGGCUUGAAUUGCGAAUGUUUCUGCCCAAGAUUUUUCUCGCUCCGAAAAAUAUUUUUUUCGAUCGGACGUUAGGGCGUGUUUAUUGUUGACUCUUUUUUUUGCACCCUGGGCUGUCUGCAUCAAUUCCUUCUGGAACGUGAAUCUGCCAUGAUCAAUAAGGAUGUACUUCAUCCGAACAAUUUAAAUUCUUUUGAACUGAGAUUCGAAUUCGUAAGCAUGAAGUACGGCAUUUCUAGUCCAAAUCACGAUUUUUUUUCCACGAGUCAAAGAAUUAUAGACUCAAGGUUCUUGAAUAAGUUUGACGGUUUUUUUUUUAACUUGCCUUCAAGCAAGAUGUUAUUUAUCUAGUUUCCUGAAUCAAUGUCUCAAAGAUUUUUUGGGUUCCUUCAUUCCUUGUGAAUCCCCUGGUGAUAGUUUCGAAAGAUGGAAUAUUUGAGUUUGCUUUAUGGUCGUAGUUUAUUAUUCAAACCAGUGCUUGAAGGUUCUUCGCAUCAAAUUUAUGACGAAGUGAUGCGCCGAUCAGUUGAGUCGCAAGAAUUUUUUUUUUCAUGUGAUUGCGCGGGAAUUUUGUUCACAUGUUACUUUUUGUUGGAAGUUCCGCAGAAUGAUGGAUCGACUACAGGGUCUGACAAGAUGCUUGAUUUUAAGUUGUGAUUUCCGUCGUUUUGUUCCAAGGUUGGAUUUGAAUUGCUGAGGCAUCUGAAAAUGUACUGUUAGCAUUUGAAAGCUCCGAAGGGAGAGCAUUGCUUGUUUUAAUUUAUUAUCGGGUACGAUUGUUGCACAUUCGUGAAAUCUACGAUGGUUGUGAUACA